GACCCAUCUGCUGCGUCUAUUUUGUUCAACAUAAUCUUUCCUGUCGCCAACGAUACCAUCGAUCACGAAGCACAAUGUCGCGCGCGCAGCCCAAAAAGCCGGACGUCUCAGCUGCGAAUAAAGAACGCAACGAGUACAUACCCUCUUUCAUCUCCAAGAAGCCCUUCUACGCCGUCGAUGAGACCGGAAAUGAAAACGAUUACCUCGACCAUCAGCGUCUACAGAAGCAAGAACAGGACUCAAAAUGGUACGAUCGAGGGAAGAAGCUUGCUCCAGCAGCUACCAAGUAUCGCAAAGGCGCAUGCGAGAAUUGCGGCGCGAUGACACACAAGAAAAAGGACUGCUUGAGCCGCCCAAGGAAGGCAGGCGCAAAGUUUACGGGCAAGAAUAUUGAGGCCGACGAGCUUAUACAAGAUGUACAACUCGGCUGGGACGCCAAGCGCGAUCGGUGGAAUGGAUACGAUGCAGAGGAAUACAAUGCGGUCAUAGAAGAGUUUAACGAGCUUGAAGCGCUCAAGAAGAAGGCAAAAGCUGAGGCCGAGGGCGACGGCGAAGGACAGGAAGAAGGCGACGAAGGCGAUAAAUACGAUGCAGAAACGGAUAUGGGCAGAAAGCAGGCGACAUCUACACGAAAUCUCCGACUGCGCGAAGAUACAGCAAAGUACCUUCUGAAUUUGGACCUAGACUCAGCCAAAUAUGAUCCAAAAACACGAACAAUGGUGGACAGCGGCGCGACAGAAGACAAUGCAUCGGCUCUAGUGGCUGAGGAAGGCUUUGCGCGAGCAUCUGGAGAUGCAGCAGAGUUCGCGGAAGCUCAGCGCUACGCAUGGGAAACGCAAGAGCGCGGAGAUAAGGACAAGCUUCACCUACAGGCAAAUCCCACCUCCGGAGAGUUUUUCCGGAAGAAGGAGCUCCGGGAGGCGGAAGAGAAGAAGGCGGCACAUCGCAAGGCUCUGCAGGACAAGUAUGGCGAGCAGAAACAAUUCAACGACGACAAACUUAAGAAGGCUGCUAUCACCGAGAACGAACGAUACGUCGAGUACGACGAACGAGGUGGCAUCAAAGGAGCUCCCAAGAUCAAGGCAAAAUCAAAGUACGCAGAGGAUGUGUUCACCAACAACCACAAAUCAGUAUGGGGCAGCUGGUGGGCUAAUUUCCAAUGGGGAUACGCAUGUUGUCAUUCGACCGUGAAGAAUUCCUACUGCACGGGAGAUGCAGGCAAGGCCGCAUUUGAACAGGCCGACAGGAUGCGCACCGGCGCCGACCUUGAGGAAGUGCCCAAGGCCGUUGCCUGGAAAGAGGAAGAGGCGUUGGAAGAACAUGUACCAAAUGCAGUGGAGAAAGACCAGAAGGCCAGUCGCGAAGCGACGAAGAAAAAGCGGACUCUGGAAGAAAUGACGAACGGUAUCACCGAGGAAGAGAUGGACGAGUACAGGCGGAAGAGGACCAUGGCCAACGACCCAAUGGCUGCAUUCCUGGGCAAGGAUGAAGUCAUAUAGUGCAAAACAGAUCGAUUCAUCUGCCUCCUGUGCAAAAACAAUCUGAGACAUUCGGAUCAUUAUUGAUAGUUGUUAGCAUUGCGUUGGCGUUUGGUUAAGGGUAUCCCCAUGUGCGUGCUGCAGAGUCCAGCAUGCCUGUAUAUAAAAUGACAUAGAGUUCCUGAUGA